AUGAAUGAUGUUAACACCGUUAAGACUCCGGAUAUUCUGCUCAGUGACUCCAUCAAUUACGAAGUUCUUAGAAUCGCUGCCUGCCUUCCCACAUAUAAGCAUGACAAAAUCAAACGAACAUUCGGAGAAGAUCAAGAAGGUGUUCAUUGUGCGGAUGUGAUAGGAGCGUAUGCUCGGGGUUGGAUGACGGAGCAUCCGGAAGAGAACUUUGAGAAUAAACUCCGUGAAAAGCUGAAAUCCGCAAAAGUUAUGGAUCUGCUCACCUCGAGGUCGGACAACGUAGGGCUAUGCGAAUUACUUGACAUUGCCUUCCGCCUACUCCUCGAAGAUGUGUAUCCGUUAGCGAAGGCUCUUGAAAUUCCUGAUGAGACGUUAACAAAAUACAGAGUCCAGUACGCACCUGACCAUCUCACUAAGGGAACUACUGCUGUAUUAAUAAAACUUCAUGACUUCAUCAAAGGAGAUAGGAAGAAAUUAAGUGAAGAGCUUUCCAAGAUUGGAUACAAGGACAUAGCUGUAUUAAUUGGAUGUGGCCAUGAAACAUCCCUAGCUGAUGCAUUUGCACUAGUUGAGAAAUCAAAGGGUAAUCAAGAAGCUCUAAAUAUAAUUUCUAAGAACUUAGGAAUGGGCCAAAGGAGCAGUGUGAUUACCAUGAUAAGAGAUUGGAAGUUCAUGGUCCAUCCACCAUCUUUCAAUUCAAGAACGUCUCUUGCUGAUGCCAUCUAUCCCGUCCAAGGUAAAGACAUAGCUGAUGGAAUCCUCUUCGGGACUUACCUUGGAGAUUGCAGUAAGAAUGCAGCUAUCUUUCAGGAGUUAAUCAAUAAUAUAGAGUCUUUCGAGCCAUCAUUGGUCAGGAAGAUCCUCGAAGUUAGAGAGCGAAAUAAGUUACCUGAUCAAGCGCUCCAAACCCAUAAUGAAGUGGCAAUUCCUGAAGAUGACAUCCAGCGAACAGUUGAUACAGACAGGGCUAAAAAGAUAUCCAUUGAUUCUUCAACAGAUCCUACAUCAGAACGUAUUAAGCUUCAUAGUGGCAAAGAGAUAGAAUCGGAUCAUGCAGAUGAUGUCGCCAAGUACAAAUUAGCGGUCACGAUGAAAUUAGCUCAGAUUCUUGAUAUAACGACGACAAAGAUAUGGAAAACUCAAGAAAACUCUCUUAUGCAUGUCCUCGAGACAUGGGAAGGAAUGAUCUUUAAAAAUCCUAUGGCAAGGGAUGAAGAGAUAGAGCUGAGUAACAGACUCCUAAAGGCUGGGUUCAAGGAACUAGCAUUGGAAAUAAUGAUCGGAUUCAAACCGAGGUCAAAGGCGCAAAGAGAUCAAGAAACGGCAAAGUCGCCUAAAGGACAGCAUGGCCAAAGCUUACAUCGCGACCAUCAGAACACAUCCAAGCCAAAUGUCGAUGAAGCAACCGAUGAGGACCAUACAGACAUCGGAGGCAAUAACAGCGAUAAAGACACAACCGCAAGUGUGUCAUUGUCAAAACCAAACCAGGAAGACCAAGCAGAUCAAGUCGGAGAUAAUUAAAGCCUAUGUUUAGUGUUACCCCCCCCCCCCCCCUCCCCGAAAAAGUGGAUGUCACUUCCGAAAUUCAUUGGUAGAUUAUUUUAAUUCAUGUUCUACGAAACAGUUGUGGAGUGAAAGAUGUAAUUCAGAAAUGUGUUAUUUUAUUGAAUAAAAUUUACCGAUUUUGCAUCAGAUUUUGGUAUCCGAUCAAAAAAUAACAUCUACGUAUUUGUCUUGUUCAAAUAAGACGCCAUCUCAAGCAUAAAAUGCGUUGAAAAUUUGAGCAGCUUUCUAAUAUCAAAUUACUAGGUAUGUAAAGCAAUUGCUCAAACGCCAUUAACAAAUACAAAUAAAAUCAUAGCCGAGAGAGGGUGCUAGAUUUAGAUUCAAAUCCUAACGGCCGGAAAAUGCCAAAUUAAAAUCAUGUUUAGUAAGGAAAUGUAUUCAUUGACUACUGCGCUCUGGUAUUAUUCGUUUGUUCGAUGAUACACGAGGAUAGUUCACAAUUUUAACCCUUUAUGAAAACUAAAGACAAAGCUUAAGGAAACACCGAAAACACACGAAUACGCAUGUGAAAGGCUUUUGGGGGACAAGAAACGUAGAGAAAAUGGCAUCGGAAACUUGUAAACGUAGUGGUGAGUGGUGGAAACAUUUAGAAUCACUUAUAAAAGCAGGGCUCCCGACAUUUUGAGCUGAACAUGAUCUGGGGCCCGUUGCAGAAAGAGUUGCAAUCAAUCGCAACUCCAAAAAUCAUGCGCAACUUGAUUAUCAACCAAUCAACAGCGCGCAUUUUUGACUUGCGUUUAAACGCAACUCUUUCUGCAACGGGCCCCUGAUGAUCAAACCAGAAAUGAGAUUGUAUAGUAAAUAGUUACAGUAAGUAUAUGAGAAUGUAGAGAACCAAAGCAACAUCAACAAUACACAGUAUUAUUUCCCACAGGCAGCACCCCCUGGAAUUCUGGUAUAUAGAUGUAGAAAAUUUGAGAAAAUAAAACAAUCAUUUUGUUUUUAAA